AUAAUUGCUGGUGAUAGCGCCGAUUGUCGAUGUUUUUUACAACUUUACAAGAAGCACAUGAAAAGCUAUUUAUUUUCUUAUAUUAUAAGCUAUGUAUAAUUUUUUAAACUAAUUGCGCUGUGUAUUGCAAAACCAGAUGUUAGCUAUAAGAUGUGUUAUAUCAGCAAAACGCCCAAACGCCGUUCGCUUAAGACGUAUGUUUUUAUCAAGUUCAACGAGUGAUAUGGAAAACAUUAUAAAAGUUGGAAAAUAUAACAUUAACUAUAUGAAGGUUGGAAAUGGUCCUCACAAUGUUCUGUGUGCACCUGGUGCUCUAGGAUCAAUAUGGACUGAUUUCAAACCACAGGUAGAAGGAUUUGACAGGGAGAAGUUUACCCUAGUGGUAUGGGAUCCCCCAGGUUUUGGUAAGAGCAGACCUCCAGACCGUGAAUUUGCUACAAAUUUUUAUGAACAAGAUGCAGAUAUAGCUUAUGAAUUUAUGAAGGAAUUAAAAAUUCCCAAAUACUCUCUGCUGGGAUGGAGUGAUGGUGGCAUUAGCAGCAUCAUAUUGGCAGCAAAAUACCCCCAGGUUGUAGAAAGACUCGUUGUCUGGGGGGCAAAUUCGUUCAUGUUACCUACUGAAGUGGAAGGUUACAAAAAGAUCAAGGACGUCAGUGCCUGGUCCAAGAAGAUGAGGGAACCGAUGAUAGAGCUGUAUGGAGAAGAGAGAUUUACAAAUUACUUCGCGAAGUGGGUUGAUACCAUGGUAGAACUUUUUCAACUCAAAGACGGAAACAUCUGCUCGGAGUUCCUUCCCAAAAUCAAGUGUCCAACCUUCAUUUUGUAUGGCGAAAAGGACCCAUUAGUGGAUAAUGUUCAUGUAUCUCAUCUGCACACACAUAUAACUGGAUCAAGAAUAUAUUUGUAUCCAGAAGGCAAACAUAACAUACACAUUCGAUAUGCGGAAGACUUCAACCAACGGGUCCAAGAGUUUCUGAUGAUGAAAAUCUAAAGUGAAAUAUUUUGAUAUUAGACAGGCAGUCAUUUUAUUAUAUUCAUUGUUGUAUUAUUAGAUUCGGGUCAAAACUAAAUAAAAUCAACAGAAUUCCCAUA